GUUGACAUACGUAUGCGGAAGUUCGGUUGUAAACAAAAACGGACAAUCACUACAUUUAACUUCUGAGCCAAAAAAGAGCAUAGCUGUAUCAAAUCGAUCUCAUCUUUUAAGGGUACGAAUUGAUCCAUCAGCUGUUUCAUUAUCAACAGUUUGUUAUCUUGUACUAAAUGGCACAAACGGGAGGUUCGUGAUUUGUUACGUAACUGUCGUCAGUAUUCAGUCGUUUAAUGCUAGUUAGCUAGGUGCUAGCCAGCUAGCUGGACGGCGCGACUCUGCGCUUGUUUUAAUGUGGUUUAAAAAAGAUAUUGAGAGCCACGACUUUGUGUGACUGUGAUAGAAGUCAACUUUAAAAUCGUUAACCCGUGAGCCACCUAUAAAAUCUGUCAUAUUGGUACGUUGAAUAAGUUUAAACGCCAAAGGGAAGCGCGGUGGAACUGUAUGAGCGUCGUUCUCAUAAAAAUUUACCCCAAACUGUCAAAUAAUAUUUUGACUGUAACGGAGGACCAGCGAGCUACUGUUAUUUAUCUGUGAUCCUACCGUGCUGUCAUCCACUAAAACACGCUGUGAUGAAAACUUUGUAAACUCAUCCUGGAUGAAGCUACAAAAUGAUGCCUAAUUUGAAACCAUAUUUCUGCUUUAAAUGUUUGUAUUUAAGAACGAGAGGAAAUAUAUAGUUGGUGGUUUAAAAGCUCGUGUCUGUCCAUGUGAAGUGAAAGGAUCUCGGCCGGAGAGUGUCAGAUUUCCUGCUGAAUUUGCUGAAGUGUCUUGUAUGGAGGCCCCAAGCUGACAGUCAUCCUUAGAUUGUACAUUUUAUUCAAUAAUUUCAUUAAAGCAGGUUAAUUUGAGGUGCUUUUGACAAAUCUCACAGUGCCUGAUGUGAGAGCACAAUGACAAGCCUGCUGUUUUAUUUGCCAUUAUCUAUAGAAAAGCAGGACAAUGAGUUUAUUUAAUCUGCUGUAAUGGAAACAGCAGCUUUUUAGUUUGACAAGAAAAAUACGUAAAGAUCUUGGGACAGCAACCAAAAGUUAUUGGGAAUGUAGUGCCAUUAUUGCUUUUAUGAUAGUGCAGUUAGAAACUUGACACAGUCACGUGUAGUUUUGUUUCAGCAGCAGGACAGCAGACUGGAGGAAUCACUGAAAUGAUUGCUCAAUGGGUGCCCAUCAUCCUUUGAGCUCUGCCCACAGUCUAACACAGUGGUUUUCCUGUGUCAUGAUAUGAAAGAGGAGAAAAGGUGACAGGCAAACAAAAUACAAUAUGCAGACAGUUGAAUUGUGGUCACCUGAGGGCUGAGGAAUAUAAGAAACACGAGAAGCCACUUGGCAAAUAAGUAUUUGCAAGGAUCAAAUCCAGCCUGGCCAAAGACCUCUAAGGGGAUCACAGCCUUGCAUCCCUCUUACACUGCCAGACCUCAAGAGAUGUCGAAAUACAUCACCAAAGACUUAUGGACAUUGGCUCUCGAUGAACUGGAAAGAUUCAGAAGAGUGGUAAACACUCUGAAGCCAAACUAUAAAAUAAUGGAAUUUAUUCCAAGGCAUCAUUUCUCACUUCUUUGAUAUUGCUAUGAAUAUUGUACGAUGGAUUUGUUAUUAAAAUAUUUUCAUAUUGUCAGACUGAUAUAAUUACAUCUCUAAAAAUGACUCAUGAUCACAGGAAAACAGUUAUUCACAUGUAUGUAUGGAUGUAUGCUAGGGGCUUGCAUAGAAAACAAUUUUUUAAUCUUUAAAUAAGAGCUUCAUGGAAAACUAAUAUUCAUUAUAAUUUUUGUCUUUGUGUCAUCUGUUUUUGUGUCUCUGAGAUAGACUCCAGAUGAGUGACAGUGGUUGAUGUGAGUGCCAGCACUUUACUUUAAGAAGAAAUAUUUGGGUGUUGUUGGCCUGCAGACAAGGCUGCAGUCAUCAUGUCGAGGAAACAGACGGCAAAACCUGUGCGUAGCAACAAAAAGAGCGAAUUAGAACGGAAGAGGGAUGAACGAGCGGCAAGACGGGCCAUCGUGAAGGACCGCAAGAACCGACCUCAGGAUUGUGAUGAGGGGGCGGAGUUUGUCAGUUUCUCCAAUCAGCUCCAGGCGCUUGGACUGAAGCUGAGAGAAGUCCCUGGAGACGGGUAACGACCAAGAAAUAAUAAUUUAGAUGUCUUACAGUACUCUGCAUUAUUUGGCUCUAAUUAUUGUAGACACUUAAUGCCAUAAUCUGUUUAGGGGCAAAGCUAUCUCCCUGGAGGCCACAGUCAGUACGAUUUGCAGCUUUAUGGCUGCUGCUUUUUAUUGGAAAAACAUAAAUGGAGCCAAACUUUGGCAUCCCAUACCUUUAAAAAAUUAAAAUUUAGCCCAACUUAUCUAACAACCCCAGCAACAGAAUUCCAAGUUUGGAAAAAUAGCGGGAAAAUAUCUCAGUCUCUCCAGCUUAACGAAAACUUUAAUUCAUCAGCUAUCAAUUCUGUUUACCUACUGAGAGACUAUUUUCAAGUUUUGAAGUCUAAAACAAUAGCAAGACACUGAUAUUUGCGAACACUUCAAAAGUUGCCAUCUAAUGCCUGCUCCAGUUUAAGCAUGAGUGGAAUACUGGUCUCUGAUUUGAUUUGAGUGUCCCCUUCAUUUUUUUAUGAUUAUUUUUUGGCAGAAAAACUUUCACAUUAUGUCAAAAUUGAGACUUACAUGCCACUGUCUUUGUUUCCCACAGGAACUGCCUCUUUAGAGCUCUAGGCGACCAAUUAGAGGGACACUCCCGAGGUCACCUGCGUCUUCGGCAGGAGACUGUCCAGUACAUGAUGUCUCAUCGCCAAGACUUCGAACCCUUUGUUGAGGAUGAUGUACCUUUCGCACAGCAUUGUAAGGAAAGGACCCAGUCUGUAAUUCUCUGUUAACAGGUAGAAAAAUAAAGACUAUCAGAUACGGAUAGCAGGCAGACUGUUUUGGUAAUAAUUGACUCUGCCAUUAUUUUAAUCCUGAAGUUCCUAAUUUGACCACAACUGUGCAGUGACCUCUAGUGGCAAGCAGUUUUGUUUGCCUUAGUCACUGCUGCUGCAUGGACAAAGUGCAACCUUUUCAAAUCUGUCCAAAACUGCCCCCUUUACCACUCCCCACACACUUCCCUUCAGUGUGUGCAUUAGUAUGGACCUGUGGUUGUGGAGUCAGAAUGGAUUGGUCGACCCUCCAGCAGUGACUAAACUAAUGCUGGAAUGUCAUUUAUUGUUUGUCAUGGGACAUACUGUCAAUUUACAGACAGAUAUACAAUCACACAAUAAAACUUGUAAUGUUUAGCAUACAUUCACAAUGUGAUUAACCCCCCUUUCACUCUAAACCAUGUGUUCUGAACUUGUUAAUCAUUAGAUUCCUUCACUGACUUGCAUUAAAUGCACUGCUCAAAGUCUAAGAUGUUGUGUGAUUGCGGAUUAGUAGUGAAAACUGUGUUUUAUUUCUCUCUACCCAGUGUCCAACCUCUCACAGCCUGGUACGUUUGCAGGCAAUGAUGCUAUCGUUGCUUUUGCUCGAAGUCAACAGGUGAAAGUGGUCAUCCAUCAGCUCAACACACCACUGUGGGAGGUAGGGACUGAGGCGCAGGCAAAGACCUUCAAGUGUUAUCACAUAGUCUUUGAUGCUAUUAUCAUGAAAUCUAAUUCUCUGUUGGCACACCUUCUUGCAGAUCAACGGUGUAGAGAAGCAAGUGUGCAGAGAGCUGCACAUCGCCUACCGGUACGGGGAUCAUUAUGACAGUGUGAGGCGAACUGGGGACAACUCUGAGAGUCCUGCUCAGCUUCGUAUCGAGGUAAAUUAGAGUUUAUUAGCAUUCAUUCAACAACCAAAUGAAGGCAUGAAUAAAAAAAGAGAUAUAGUGUAAGUAGGGCUGGACGAUAAACCGAAAAUUUACCGAUACUGAAAUUUACGGCAAUAACCGACGUCAUUUUGCCCAUAUGGGUAUAUUUGGUGUCAAAAAAAUAAAUAAAUAAAAGUUGGUUUUAGUUGUGUUAGGUAGGCUAUGGUCUCAUGUCCCUUUAAGACACUGUCCUACGUCAGAGACGUGACUCCACCCCAUCCAGUCUGCAACAAAGAGGGAAAGACAGGUGAGGAGAUGGAGGACGGUUCAAAAGUUGUAGCUGCUAGAACAGUGGCUGAAGUAGAUGAAGUUAAUGUGGGAGGGGGUGAGCAGCUUGUGGAGUAGUUAUCAUCCAUUUAUUGUUAUUGAGGUGAACUGCUCAGUGUAUUGUGGUAUUGAUUUGAGGCCGUAUCGCCAAGCCCCAUCACUGAAAUUUUAAAUAUGUGAACUAUAGUUAUAUCUCAACACAUGCUGUCACCUGUACAUUCAUUCUGUUAUAAAAGGCAACAAUACAAUGACAUACAACCAAGCAUGCAUUUUAAAAAACAAGCCACCCCAACAUGUCAGACCUGGUCCUUCUGUUCCACUCAGCCCUCUGUUAUGAAGCCUGGAUGUUGCUUUCAAGCUAUGUCUCCUGCACUUAAUGUGUUAAAAAUUGCCGGUGCUUUGGAGCUGUCUGUUUUGUGUUGUCUGUGUUUUUGUAAGGAAGGGAGUUAUUGAGUGGAUGUUUUUUAAAGUGUACUUCUUUGACCGGCUGGAUGUCUGCUUUUUCUGCCAGGUAUACAGUGUAUUAUGGGGAAUCAAUAGAGCAGCAUCAGGGAACAAUUACUUCACAUUUUACAGCAGCUGAAAUCAUUCAGUAAAUCCCAGAUUAAGUACUUUUGGUGUCAGAAGUGCAUCAGGCAGUAUUUAACAUUUAUGGUUUGAGUAUUGUUAAAGUGUUUAAAAAUUUAUUUGAUCUCUUUCAGCGUCUUUUUUUCAAACCAACCUUCUAUUUUUUCCUUACUGCAUACUUUUUCUCUAGCUUUAUUGUAACCUCAGAUUUGUCUGCUGUUCCUCUCUCUGUUGUUUUAUUCCCUUCUGAGAAUAUUUCUUUCUCUUUAUCUGUCAAUGUACUUUAAAAAAAUCCGGUUCAGGGGGUGUUAUGUAGAUUAAGCUAUACACUUUUAUACGAUUAUAACCAACUAUAAGAUAUUCUCUGAAGUAACCACUACCAAUGCAUUCCUGAAGUUUUCUUUCUUUUUCUUCUUUCAGAAUCUGCAGAACUCACGAGGCCAACAGCGUGAGUUUGGUGACGGUCAGAGGGACAGGCAGAAAAAUCCGUCUCCCACAGCCUCAGAGGAGGACAAUGUGAUCCUGAGCUCCAUCAAGAAUCGAGGAAUCCAGGGUCAGAAGUUACUCUUGACUCAUUAGCUGCAGGAGGAAUUAGACUGAAAGGUCAAAAGUGAAAAACUUUGUGAAAAACUUCAUGACUGUUGUACAUUUAGACUCAUCCAUUCAGCUAAAAUCCCCACAAAUAUGUCAGCCUGCAGUUUGUUACUCCUUUGGCUUGACAUUAACAGAACUGAUUGCAUUACAUUGAAUAACCAAUCCAGAUGUUCAUGUGCAUGUUUCCGUCUUUAGGGGAUGAGGAGAACUUACUCCAGCUGAGUGCAGCAACCAUCAAUGCUGAGUGGCUCGUUGGCUCCAUGCUGGGUCAGUCCUGCCAGGGCCAGUGUGACUCAGGAUCCUGUGCAGCCUGCAGAGCUGCAGCUGCAGACUGCAGGGAGCAGAAACAUCCAGCAGAGGGCAGCAAUGUGCAAAAAUCAAAGGUACACUCACUUACUGGCCAGGCAGUCAAGUUGGAUUACAGUGUCUGUCACUUCUUUUGACUCUGGAAUCACAUGAUAGCUGAAGUGUUCAAAACAACAUUUAAGUGAUUCACAGUAUUUAUUUUCUUGUGAGAAUAAAUGUUUCCACACAUUUAGACAAGGCACGGUUAUCUACAUUAUGACAGUUACUGGAGUAAUAUUUUUUUGUGAUCAAAAAAGAUGAUGUCUCUCUUUAUUCAGAGGUUUUAUGAUUUAAAAACUCUUUGUUUGUUCCGGGGAUUGCUAAGAAAAAGUAUCAAAACAUGUUAAACUGAACAUUUCUGGAGGAGGACCCCCAGAUCCCCCAUAAAAUGGUCCUGUCUAUGCCCAUGAGUCUAUCAGGUAUUUGAAAGGCAACAUUUUUUGUUCUAUUUAAAGCAAAGAAAAUGUACUUCUUUUUCUCUGUUUGCUACAUUAACCUUUGCUGUAUGACUUUGUAGGGGGGAAAAAAGCGCAAAUCCCUACACUCUUACAUUUCACUAAAUGGAAAUGUGAAACCUUGAAGAGUUUAAACUUUGUUACAUAAUAGCGGUCAGUCUACUUCCGAGAAAGUAUCAGUCCAGGACACAGGGGUUUAGCGUGGGACUGUUUGGACUCUUGGAAAUGAGUAGAUGAAGAACAAACUUCCAGAGUCCAAUGUCAGCUCUAACAGAACAUCUGAAAAGUUUGUUACACUUUCAUUUAGCAGACGUUUGAAUGCCUUUACGUCACACACUGUCACAUGUAUCUUACUUUUUAACCAACGACAUAGCUUCAAAUUUAUAUGGAUGAGUAAAAGUUUUUUUUAUUUUAUUUCGCUGGCCUCAAGUGGUGUACGAAGCAUCUUAGGAGAAGAGAAAUAAAAUAACAAAUCAAGGUUUAUCCUGAGAAGACUUUUAUGAGAACCAGAGAGACUUUUGUGAGAUCCUGACAAGUUUUUGCAAGAUCUUUCAAAAGCUUUACAAGCCAGCCACCAUGGCUUUCACACAUGUGAGACAUUUGAAGAGAAUUCUUAGUGCAGAGGGACAUUCUUGUUGUGUAGAGUGUCUGUACCUGACCCUCAUAAAGUUGGAGACUUAUUCACUAAAUCCAGCCUUCUCAGGUCAGUAACUCAUCAGACUUAGGGCUCUGCUAAAACUCUUCUAAACCAUACUAAAGCAGACAAGAAGCUACAACAAGGGCUGUUACUGAGGUGCUGCUUUUGUAAAAACUUGGUUUAUGAGUGACUGGAAGGGAGAGACUGGCCAUGAAAAUCUCUUUAACUUUCAGUUACAAGUAAGCACAGCUCUUGGGUGCCAGGUUAAGGAAAAAAUUAAAACAUAUCUGGGUGGAUGGUUUGCAAAUCAACACACUUCGGGAUUCCCCUUCCUGCAGAUUGCCAAACCAUAUCUACUGAUUAAAAUAUCCUGCACAUGGAUAAUAAACAGUGCACACAAAUUUGCACAUCGCUCUUUUUUUUGUACUUUUAUUCACAAUUUUUGCCUUUUAAAAACUGUACAGCACAUACCAGAACAAAGAAACAAACAAGAUGAAAAAAAAGAUAACAAAAAUAAUAAUAAUUAGAAAAGCGCUCGGAGAGCGCAGACCUCCGCCAAGCAGCUCAUGUCCCCCCUUAUAUUGUGAUUCACACCAAAACUUUUACUGUUACGUGUCUUUUAUUAACUUUUAUUUGUGUUUAAACUGGUAUGUUCACUGUUCAUAAUGUUCCUAAAACAACAAAGCUCAUAUUAGAUACAUAAAUGCAUGAUUUAUUAUGCAAUAUUUGUAAGCGUACACUUCCUUGUAUCUUCAUUGGUUAUCUUUCAGCAUUGAAAAUUCCAACUACACCCUUAUUUUUGUGUGUUCUGGAUCACAGUAUCCGGAAUUUUGUCUGGAUCAGGAUCAACCUUUGACACCUCAUAAAACUCAUUGAGAUCCUUUUGUGUAAUUUUUUACUAAAGACUCUGGCCAUUUUUAUAGAGUUAAAUGCAAAAAUUCCAACAUUUGCCCUAUCUCACAAUGAUAAAGAAUCCUUUAAAAAUUUCCUGGAUCCAGAAGGCGAUCCGGAUCACCACCAAAAUGUAAUAGGAUCCUCCUGGGGCUGAGACGCACUUCUGGUUAAAAUUUCAGGUCAAUCCGUGGGUAACUUUCUCCGUAAAGUUGUUCACAGACAAACAAACAAACCAACGCUACCAAAAACAUAACCUCCUUGGCGGAGGUAAUAAAAUGAAGACAAAAGAAAGAAGGGCUACCAGACAAUUGUAAAUUACAUGAGUAGACUUACAGCAAAAAACAAAACAAAAACAUACUUACAGUUGUAAUGUACAGCAAGUACUAUGUGAAAAGUUGAGUCAGGCAUCACGUCUGAUACUGGGCCAGAGGGGGUCCCCAGAUUCUCUCAAAUCUAUUCUGUUCAUUGGGUUUGUACAGGCGCAGUCUUUCCAUUUGAAUAACUGAUAACAUCUCACUGAGCCAAGGAGCAAAAGUGGGAGGAGUGAUGCACAUUGCUCUUUUCAUGGUUAGCUUGGUACCUGGGGGGGUUGUUGAAUGAGACAAGAGCCCCCGUUGUGCAAAACUGUCCCUCACUUGAAAGAGAACCAUGCUAACAGCUAAGUACUGACUUUAUAUCUGUGUCUUUGAGGUUCAUUUCUAAACCAACUUCAACAAAUUCUUCAAGGGUGUGUGCUCAAACCACAGUUGUUAAUGUUCUGCUGCACUUGUAAUCAAAAGAACGACAUAACCUGGAUGAAACACUUUUGCAAGAUGCUUUUGCAAAGCUGUCGCAAGAUUUCAGACAUAGCCUCCUCUGGAUAGAUCUUCAUUAUUUUCUCUGCUUUGUUCUUUGAGGGUUGGCAGUUAUCAGCUUGUAUGAGCCUUUUUAAAGCAGAGGCAACAUAGCAGUUCAUUACAAACGUGGACGGACACAAGAGCGCUGUGACAAAUUAAAAAAACUUGUGUAAGCCUGAGCAACACAUUAAAAAAACAGUAUUUAAGAAAUUGAGACGACACGGAAAGACACUGCUUUAAAAGGAAUGAAAGCCAAGAAUGAAAAAUAAUCAAAGACAUGGUUUAAUACUUUAAAAGGUGAGGAUGAUAUGAAUGUUAGAGAUAGCUUGUUCAACAAUUCAAAGGCUACGGCUGACAAGAUGUGAUCAUUUCUGGUUCAGUCCAGCCUUAGGGACAAUAAGAGGCAGCUUAUCAGCUGAUCUUAAAGACCCUGAGGGGCUACAAGAGGCCUUAAAGAGGUCAGAGAUGUGUUAGGAUGCAGCAUCUUUAAAUGAAUCUGAAAACAAACAGGGAAGGGAGCCAGGAUGGGGUUUAUACUCUUAGGUUUCACAUAAAGGCACUGGAGGACUGUUGUUUCAUCACACAAUGUGGACAGACUGCUGCAGUUUCACCCUGAAACAAAACUGUGCAGCAGAGAAAUACCCGAGGAGUGAAAAGACUGAAAUUUCACUUUCUGUUGUUUCCAGGUAUCGAACAAGCAGAGGAAAGAGCAGCAGCGGCAAGAAAAGAAGAAGCGGCAAGAGGAAAGGCAUCGUCAGAAGUUCCUCCAGAGUAAAGAGGGUCAGGACCAAAACCAGAACCUGCCAGAAGCUGUUACUUUAGUACCAGCUCUCAACACUCUCAGUAUAUAAACUGGAGCAUGGCCAAAAUAACCUUCUGCUACCGGUGGCUAACGCUGUCCACAAAGUUUUGCACAUAGUCAGAAUUGAGUCAGUCAUUGGAUGACUUCUCCUAAAGACAACCCUAUAGUUUCUUUGCAAACGGUAUAAACAGUGCCUGCAAACUUGUGUGUGUGUGUGUGCGUGUGGGAGAGAGAAAGAGAGGGGUGUAUGAAAGUUAUAAACGAGCGCGUGAAAGAGCAUGACUUUUAGUGUUUUUGUGGGGUUUUGAUUGAGCUCAAUCCCUGGUUAGUGAUGGUAAAAGUAGAAACUCCUCACAUCUGGUCUACCUACCACGCUACCUAAACCUUUCUACGCAGGACAACCAGCUUCUCAUGAUAAUCGUGCCGAUACUCACGAGCUGCUGGGCUUUUUGAUUUGCCACAGAUUGAGUUCGUGUUCAUUCAGAUGUUCAGGUCAUUCUGGUCUUUUGAUCUGACCAGAGAACAAAGUGGUGGAGUGGAGAGAUGAAUAAUUGUUAUGCACACUGUGUAUGAAACGUGGCAAUAAAUCAUAAUGAUAAAUUAUAAUUUCCUGUUCUUGUGUGCAGCAAAUAAUAAUAUAUCACAAAUCAUCCAGGAUUACCAAAUGAAAGGUACCUCUUAAAAUCUGUCUUUUAAAAAAAUUCCUUACAUCCACAUCACUGAGAGGAGUUGGUGGGUUUCCAUGGUGGGUUUCCUAUUGCAUUUAUGCCAUUCGUUGAUAAAAACAACUGUUAUCUAAAAACUGAACAAAACAAACACAACAGGUACACUUAAAGAAGAGUUUGAGAUUCUAUUACGUAAAAGGGAAUCAUGCAACUUGUCCUUUUUUAAAAUGAUUUCUCAGGACAAAAUAAACAUGGGAGCAUUUGUCCAGAAUGAUGAGGUACUUUGUAAAUUAUUCAUAACUGAAACAGUAGUCAUAACUCCGGUUUCCAUCUGAACCAGCUAGAACGCUUGGACAACAGGUGGCUAGUAUUCACUUCCAGCAUGAAGGCUUAAUCGUGCCUAAACCUUUUCAUUGGACCAUCUGUCCAGAGUUUUAUGGUGCCACUCAACUGAUGUGAUUACAGAAAAUAGCCAAACAGUAGUGGGGCUGCAUGUCCCAAAAAUAAAGGCCAAAAUAAAAUACUGGGUACUUAACCAAUCAGAACUAUUCUGAACUGGAGGAUUUUAUACUUUAAGAACUGUUUAUCCCCAAUGCAAGAACUUUUGGAGGGUCAAACAAAGUCCCUGAAACCUGAUACAGACCUAAUUGUAGUAGUGAUAGAAAGCGCUGAGUUCUACCAAAAGUUCCUCGUUCCCUGCAGAAAGUCCCAGAUUUGGAAACAUGCAUGUGCAUGCAAUGUAGGUACUUUUAAUUGCUCAUGACAAAAUGUGGUCUGUCCGGAGAUAAAGAGGUGAUAUUUCUUGUUCUAUGUUGCCAGGGAAGUAUUUGCCCUUUUCCAAGAGGUCAAGUUUGGAGUUCAAAUCAUGUAGUCAUAUUUCGUAUUUCAUGAUGGUUGCAAAUCGAGAAAGCAUGGCAAUAGUGGAGGAGGGUUCUGGAGUGUUCAGGGGGUUGUUUUAGAGAUAGUAGAUGGAAUUUAGUAUUGGAGAGAGAGUCUAAAAGUGAGGGUUUUCAAAGACACUAAACCAGGAUCCAGGUUUUGUGGAGCAAUAAACUCUUAAAAGCUACAGUGGAAAAAAAAAGAAAGAAAAAAGCUCUCAUGAGGAAAAUAUAAAGGCUGAAAAUAGGCACAGUAUCCCCUGUUCAAAUUAACUUUGGUCAGCUUCCCUCCAGAAGAAUCUUCUUGUCCAUUAAGUACACUUGCAAUCAGAACAUGAGCAUUGUGAAUUUUUACAAUGAAGAGUGGUGUCAGGAUCAUGCUGAGAGCUGGUAUGAGGAAUUUGUUAUGAAUUAUUAAAUGGACUAAAAUGACAAACUUAAAGAUCCUCAGAGAAACUGAAGAUAUUUAAUUAGUCAGUUAAAAUAGAAACAUUUGACACAUUUUACAAUCUUAGAAGUGUGUUUUAAUGUUUCUCCAGUUUUAAUAUUGGUUGACGUAUUAUCGGACACUUGACUAGCACUUUAUUGCAGAUGUGUAAUGAUUAAACUAAGGUAGAUGAAUGAUGAAAAGCCUGACUGCAGGAACUACUUCCAGUCUACUAGACUUACAUCACUUUUAGUAUUUUUCCUAAAUAUACUGUUGUUUGGCAGUCCUAUCACUGAAUAGGACUGUUGCAUUUAGGUACAGCAUUUACUGUUGCAUUUAAAAAAGCACAGCUGGACAGCAUUGUAAAAUCUGCUCAUUAAGGGAACGUAUUUCUGCCAAUAUGACGCUAAAAAAAUAAGGUGGAUGCCAUAACAGAGACACUUAAUGACAAGUGUUGCUCGUUAUUUUGAGGUGAUGUUACUAUAACUUAAAAAUAAAUAAAUAAAAAUAAAUUAUAUUUUAAAAAACUUCAUCAAAUCAUCAUGAAAUGCCACAAACCCAACUGACCCAUCGCUAAGCCCCGCCCCCCUUAGUUACUGUUGCUAACUCGAACAAACAACCAGAGCUGAGCAGUGCUUUACAAUAGCCGCCGCCGGUGUCAAAACCAUGUUACUUUUUGGUAGAGUAAAAUUAAAGCCAUUAAACAGAUGAAAAAUCACGACUUCUAAUGCUUCUCUAAGGGGCUGAAAGCUACAGAUGUCAGAGUUCCGGUGCCACUGAUAGUAAACUGCCAUUGGCUCAUCUGCGUUCGAGGGGCGGGACUUAGCGAUAGGUCAAUUCCAACACAGUUGGGAGUUGUGUAAAAUUUAAAUAAACACAGAUUUUGAUGGUUGGCAUUUCAUUUAAACUCAAAGUUCAAAAGUCUUAGAAUCGCAUUCCUCAGGGUAAAAUUGCAAAUACUAGGAAAUCUGUCAAAAAAAAGACACGACUAAAAUGCUGGAUAGCCAUGAUCUUUAGGGCUCUUAGGUGCCACUCCGUUAAAAACAGACAUGACUCUGGGCUGGAAAUUUCUUUGAAAAACCAUUGUCUGUGAGCACAUUAUUGCAUCCACAAAUCAAGGUUAAAAAUGUACUAUGCAAAAAGGUAACUUUAUGUUAACAUGGUCUUCUUAUGUCUCUCUGUGGUUUCAAGACUCAAAAUUUGACACGUUGUUUGGAAAUCAUAAUUGCUGCAUCCUCUGCUCUAAAGAGGGAUAAGUCCACCCAACUUAGGAUCAGCAUACACACCAAAAUCCUGCAUCUCUGAUGACAUUGGUGACGUAUAACUUACAUGUUGGUGGGCAUUGUUACUGUAGAACAAUAUGCCAACACUCCCAAACC